AUGGCUCCAACAAGUACCAGAUCGUCGUCUAUCUCCUCGGCGUCAACAAACAGCUCCAAGAAUUCAGAUACCUCUAUUAAGAAGAAAUUUGGGUGCAGCUUUCCAAACUGCGGAAAGUCAUUCUCUAGAUCUGAGCAUCUCCAUCGCCAUGCCCUAAACCAUAAAGACGGAAACAAUACAUGUCAAAGAUGUAGCGCGCAUUUCCGCCGUCGUGACCUGCUCGACAGACACAUGGCUCGCCACAAGGAAAAGGACGACGAAGCAGGAGGAGAAGGCCUAGGGGUUUUGGCGACCAGAAAGAGACUCUGGAGGGACGCAGAUGGGAAUAUCGUCAAUGCCAGAAGGCCCUCAUACACACCGACCCAAGACGGCAACAAGAGGCGCCAAUUGAGCCAGAGCAGCAGCCGAAAGGACUCGACAGCCAGCUCAUCCAGCUCCUACAGCGACGAGGACUACAAACUACCACACUCCAAAGGAAAAUCCACACUCCUCACACCCACAGUACCAAUGUCAAGAACAGGCUCAGCACAAUCCUCCACAAUAGUCGUCGACACCAGCAGCGCAUCGUCCGGAUCAGGAUCAGGGUCAGCAACCACAGACGCCAGAAAAACCGUUGAAGACCCCGACAUCGACCAGCCCUCCUGGCUCCGCACAUCCACAUCCACGCUCCCCUCCCCACCAAUCUCCGAGCCGCAAUCCGCCGGGCAAAGCCCCAGCCCCGAACUCGACUCGCUCGACUCGCUCGACUCGCUCGACACGCUGUACGAAGACUCCUGGCCCGUGAUGCACGAAGGGCUGCCCGAAAUCGUCAACCACAGCCCCGUCAUGGGCCGCCAGUCCGAAUACCCCGCGAGUCCGACGUGGGGGCCGCAGCCGUUCCAGACGUUCAUGGGCGCCAUGGCGGAGCUGCCGUAUGAUGAUAUCUUUAAGCCCGAGACGGGGCUGUAUGAUUGGCAGGCGUGGAAUAGUCAGGUGUUGAUGUCGAGGUGUAGGGAGGAGAAGUUUGAGGGGGGUGUUGGGUUUGGGAAGAGGGGGGAGAGGGAGAGGGAGAGGGAGUGGGGUUCUUCUGGGUCUUCGUACCUGGGUGCGGCGCAAGAGAGCCCGUUUAGAAGGACGUUUGGCCUGGGGACUUGUUAA